UCGUAGCGUUCAAGUUGGUGACUUGAUGACACGGGAGCCGGAGAUCGAAGCCCAUGUGAACGGCGGCCGUAAGUUUAACGUUUAUAAGGGUGUUUUGCACUGUCGUUCUGAAAAUGCCGGCAUGCGCUCAACGUAGCAUGCAACGUUACUCCUGCUGACAUUGCGAAAUUUCAAGACUUGGAAGGAGGAGAUUCAGGGGAAACUGGAAGCCACGGGGGGAGGUGAUUUUCUUCCAGACCCCACUCUCCGUGGCGGAACCAUAAAUGCCGCCGGUGGAAUCGGGCUGCCUGAGUGAGCGUUUUCUUGGUGAGCUGUCCUCUUUGCUCUGCACCAACUCUUGCGAUUGCACAGUACGCUGCCUAUAACUGCGCCUUUACGCUGCCGCCUAAAAUAUCUGGUGGGGAAGCUUAAUUCUGCGUCUGGUGCACAUGGGAAGGGAAGGAAGGACGCCCCACCAUCUUCCGUUCCACAAACCCAACUGCCUCUUCCGUUCCGACGCCCUUUUGAGAACGGGAUCAGCUGACUAUGUCUUCUCACGAAGCACGAUGAAUCCUUUUCGAAGUUGGUGCCCUUAUUCAAUGAAAAGGGCAAGAAGAACGCCACCACGGAAAGUCAAAAUGCAGUUCAUGCGUUUUUUCCUCUCUCUCUCUCUCGCUCUCUCUCAUGUAUCAUGUCCCAAUCACUCUGUUUUCAUCUUUUAACUUUCUUGCUUUGUGCCUUUUCUUUUUCACUUUUUAACUGAUACUUCCAAUGAUGGGAUUGCUUCGAUUACAUGGCAUCUUUAUUUGUCAACGGGUUCUUCUUCUUAAUUAUUGUUCUUCUUCUCCUUUUGCUUAUUCUUCUUGCUACCAUAAAUAUAUGCGAGGCCCGUGGAGUGGGGGGCUUCUUGGUUGGUUGUUUCUUGUCCGCAGGGUGGUGGGCUGGAAAUGGGGAGUUUGGUGUCGAAAGGGAGAGAUUACAAACCAAUGGAGAACGUGGACCUCAGUGCCGAUAGCAAGGAACCAUACAUCAAAGCAGAAGUUAAAGCUCCCUGCAUGGAUGGCCUUCUGAUUCGCAUUUUUGUUUGGAGUUUGGAGUCAAAGCUAAUUGGUUGGAUUAUGUUGUACAUAUUGAAGGAGAUGAAUCUAAUUCACAAGUUUUUUACGCACGUGCAACUAACGGAACAGCCAAUGUACUCUCCAAGCUAUGCUGAUAAUGAACUUGAGGAGAAGGAGGUUAAAUCAAUAAAUUUUAAACUGCCACCACAUGAACGGGUCUGCCAAGCCUUCAAUUAUCUUCCCAAGGAAUCAUCAAACAAAGAAUCCAGUGACUUUCCAGUUUUUCAGAGAUGGAGCAUAAAGGACUUCUCAAGAGCAUACCUGUCUGGAAAAACGACUCCACUUUUGGUAGCAGAGAGAUUUAUUACUGCAGUUAGGGAAUCUUCAAAGCCUCCUUAUCAGAUGUCGUUCUUUAUAAAUUAUGACUGUGAUGAUAUUCUAAAACAGGCGACCAUUUCGACUGCCCGUUACCAAAAAGGAGAACCAAUUUCUGUUCUUGAUGGAAUACUUGUUGCGGUCAAAGAUGAGAUAGAUUGUUUACCAUAUCCAACUACAGGAGGUACAAAAUGGUUGCAUAAGGUCAGACGUUUCCAAGGAGAAGCAUUCUGUGUGAAGAGCCUUAGAUCCUGUGGUGCUAUAAUUGUUGGAAAGACCAACAUGCAUGAACUUGGUUUGGGUACUAGUGGAAUAAAUCCACAUUAUGGUGCUGUCAGAAACCCUUAUGACAUGACCAAGGUUUCUGGAGGCUCUUCAAGUGGAUCUGCAGCAGUAGCAUCUGCUGGACUUUGCCCUGUCACAAUAGGCGUUGAUGGUGGUGGAUCAGUUCGAAUUCCAGCUUCUUUAUGUGGAGUAAUUGGCUUCAAGCCAACCUUUGGACGCCUUCCAGAUUCAGGACUUCUUCCCUUUAACUGGACACUUGGAAUGCUCGGCAUCAUCACGGGGAGUGUUGAAGAUGCUGCCAUAGUUUAUGCAGCAAUCAGUGGCGCACAUUCACGUGGUUCUCUAAUUCAGUUGCCAGUAUCCUUUCAGCCUGGAUUGAACUUCCCCCUUCUUGAUCGGACGGUUUCUCUUUCUAAAAUAACACUUGCAAAAUAUCCUGAGUGGUUUAAUGACUGCAAUGAUGAUAUACGACGGUGCUGUAAUAAUGCUCUUGAUCGGCUUUACGAGUCAUUCGGGUGGCAGACUAUAGAAGUGACUUUGCCAGAAAUAGAAGAGAUGCGCCUGGCUCAUUACAUAACUAUUGGCUCCGAGUGCAAUGCAUCACUGGGUCCUGUUAUGAAAAAAAUGGCUGUUGAAGAAUUAGGAUGGGAAUCCAGGGCAGCAAUGACGAUCUAUGGUUGUUUCAGUUCCAAAGAGUAUCUAAAUGCUCAACGACUUAGGCACAGACAUAUGUACUUCCAUAUGGAGAUCCUCAAAAAAGCAGAUGUUAUUGUUGCACCUUCCACCAGUGUGACUGCAUACCCUAUCCAGGAGAACGCAAUGAAGUAUGGAGAGCUUGACUAUAUAAAUGGAGCUGCACUUGUGAAGUACCAGAUAGCGGGGAAUUUUCUGGGAUUGCCAGCGAUAACUGUUCCGGUUGGAUACGAUAAUUCAGGAAUGCCGAUAGGCCUUCAAUUGAUUGGAAGACCUUGGUCUGAAGCUACAUUACUCCAUUUAGCUUAUGCUGUGCAGAGUUUGUAUAUUAAAAGCUGUAGGAAGCCAAUGAUAUUCUAUGACCUGCUCCCUGAACGAGCAACAAGUGAUGUCAGAGAUGCUUAACAGCUUACUCGGAUAUGGCCCUAGUCUUAAUGCUGUUGGAAGAAUAACAUGCCAGCCUUUGUGCUUGACAUGAUUUACACAGGUCGAAGUUCAAUGGAUCAUGGUAAUAAGGCAGUGUCUUCAAUUUAUCCCAGCCUGGUUUGCAUUUGUAAUGUUCUGUUAUUCGUGCUUAUGAUGAUUCUUAUGUUUUGCUUCAAUUCAUGGAGCAACAAACAGAAACAAGGUCAAACAAUUUUCCAUCAAUAAUAUAACUUUGAAGAAAGUUGUAGCAAUAAACAAAAGUUCAGAUUCAUUCAUUCCUAUAAUAGAA